AUAGGAAAUGGUUAGCAGAACGGGUAAGCAAUAUGGAAGCAAGGCUAUAAAACCGAUCGGAAGUGCGGGAAAAAGCUUAGUUUUGGUCAGUUUACCAUUCCAAGCAGUACAGGUGUCGGAAGUGUGGUCGUUAACGCUGAAGCAUACAGUGCAUACGGUGUUGAAAUCAGUGCAUCAGCUUUCUUCAAUCAACGCUAUAUCAAAAUUGCGGCGUAUCGUCAAAUUUACGCCACCAACAAAGGAAAUAUCUCGAGAUAUGGCGGUAUUGACGGUAACGAUUGCAGCUUUGCUCGUUAUGACAUCAGCUGAAAGUAUCGAACGUCGUCGUCCUUUUCAUCGCCGUGGUUCUACGACUACGACCAGCUAUCCCUUGACAAUUGACAACGAAGGGUCAGAGAGCAACUUCAAACUUCGCGGAAAAGAUCCAUUUUCAGCAAAGGAUUCAACUCCAGUAACGAAAAGUAUCGGUGAUAGUUCUUCUGGGAAUUUUAAAUUAGACGGCAAUAAAUUAACGUCGUUCUCCGAGUACACAUUUGGUAGCAGUAAACAAACCUAUAGUGGUCCAGAUGGUAACAUUUCGGAUGGAUCUAUAUCCGAUGAAGACAAGAACUUCAGCAGCUACAAAAAUCAUAAAAAGAUAUCAUUGCUUCCUACGACGAACGCUAGCAGUAAAGAUCGGAAACCAAACAAUGGAGCAUUUGAUUUUCUGAAUGGUGAUUUCGUAAAACCUAAAGUGACAGCUGGUAAAGCACACAUGCUAGAAGCAACCUCAAUAGCCGCUCAAGUUGGCAAGACAAAAACUUCAUCUGCAAUCUCUAGCAAGUUUUCAAUUUCACAUCCCUCGCCUAGUAGUAACAAGGCAUCUGUCAAACUGGCCCACUUAGAUGAUUCUGCCGAAUAUGAGGUGUAUGCCAGUCUUGACCACUCUUCAGGAAAGACCAAAUUUGGCACAUCUCCUACUUCUUCGGCAACUACAGGCUCAUAUAGUUUCGAAGGCAAUAUUAAGAAAGUACCUCUAAAAUAUGAAGAGGGUGUUACUGGAGGAGUUGCUGGGAAUGGCAGACAGAAAUCAAAAUUAUCAACAGACACUUUUGGUAGCGGUUCACUUGUAUCUGCGAGUAAUUUCCAUUCAAGUCUUGGGAGUUUCGACAGUGACAAUUACAGUACGGGAAAGAAGCAGCAGCAAAGUAUUUCAAACUCACCUAUUAACAAGUACAACUUUGCUGAACCGCCAUCAUUGGUCAAGUCAACUUUAAAUACUCUCAAACACUUUGGCGCAGGAUUAAUAGGUGCUGGAAUAGAAGCUAAGGGCCAGAUUGAGAACUUGCUGAACGCUGAGCAUGCACUGAAGGACGAGUCUCUAGUGACACAGCUACUUGGUGACGGUAGUCCAACCAGUCGACCUCAUUACCAUCACUUUUUGAAGUCUCAGGAGGAUAACAAACUGGAGAAAGAGGCUCUACGACAGCAGAUUGAAUUUCUAAAGGCCCAGGCAGCAAAACGACCCGUCGAUCACAGUAAUGUUAACCAACCGGCGAUUGUUUCAAACGCGCAGAAAUUUCGACCGCUUCGUCGCAUUCCUUCUCACGUUCGACUUGGCAUAAAAGCUCCUUAUCCACUUCCACGUAUUCCACAUUACAAUGAUCGUCCGUAUAGCAUCAGUUUCAAAAUAUAAAUCUGACUCACAACUGGCGUAUUGGUAAUGGUAUCGCCAGAAGUAUUUGUUGUUUUAACUCUCCAACUCGUAUUCCCCUCUACUCCUAAGAUUGCGAACAUUUAUUAAAAUGUGUUACAUUUCUUGUUAAAUUAUUAUGUUCAUAUUAUUUAUUAUAUCGUUUGAUAUAAAGUAAUAAAAAGUAAAUAGUAUUCAGAA